UGCCAUAUACAGUCGGGUGAGUUUUGACGCUCUUUGUUCCAGGAAACAAUGAAGUGGCUCCCACCUCCCACCCCCAAAUGAGCGCAUCCCACUGUACGCAGCGUCUACGUAAUCUGGCUGCUGGAGCUCUGAGAACAACAACACGCUCUCGAGACUGAGAGAUGCUGCUGGGACCCAGUGGAUGAUGCGCCCCGCGCUCCGCAGGAGUCACCGCCAUUACAUCAUCGUCCCCCGCUCGAGAGCCGUUUGAUCAGCGCCUCUCACUGGGAUCCCGGCCGUUUGGAUCGAGCAGCGGGGAUUAAUGAAACGCGCAACGAUGGCGUUUCAAUGAGAGCAGUGGAGGGGAGGGGGAGAGCAGGAGAGACGUGCACCGUCAUCAGCAUCUGUCCGCCAGCUCCCUUUGUUUUCACCGGAGAACGUGAAUGGCGAGAGAUGACAUGGCAGAGGUAGACUUGCCGUCAAACGGAGCGGAGCCCCCCGGUGAGGCCUCCCCGGCGUUCCCCUAUGAGGAGUACGAAUGUAAAAUCUGUUACAAUUACUUCGACCUUGACCGGCGGGCUCCGAAGAUCUUGGAGUGUUUGCACACGUUCUGCGAGGAGUGCCUGAACACGCUUCACCUCCGGGAGGAGCGGCCAUGGCGCAUCAGCUGCCCGGUGUGUCGCCACCGGACGCCCGUCCCGGACUACCGGAUCCAGAACCUGCCCAACAACACCAAGGUGACGGAGGAUUUCCCGCUCUACAUCGACUCGGACCCCUUGCCGCAGGACGCUCUGCCGCCGUACCCUCCGCCUCUGCACCCGGCUCUGGUCGCCCUCCGCCGUGAGGAGGCGUCGGGCGCGUCCGGCGCCAGCCAGGCGACCCCUUCCACCACAGUGUCCACGGCCACUACCCUCUCUCAGGACUCGGUGCGCUACGACAGCUGUCAGAGCUGCAAGAGGGUGGCGUUGACCACCGGCUGCGUGUGCGUGAUUUUCUCGUUCCUGUCCAUGCUGGUGCUGCUGUUCAUGGGCCUGAUUUUUGUGCACAGCCACAGCAUCCCCCCUUCUCCGGCCGGACCCAUCUGCUUGUCUGUCGCCAGUAUCCUGGCCAUGUUCUCGGUGGUCGUUACGUGGCUUAUCUGCUGGCUCAAAUACAGACCUGACCACGAGACAGGCCGCGCGUCAGCUACCAGUAACUCCAGGAGGAACGCCUGAUUGGCUGCUGGCUCUGAUGUACCAGGGCUGUGUGUGUGGGUGUGUGUGUGUGUUUGUGAGACCAUGUACAUAGGAACCUCCUGGCAACUGAUUUGUCUUCUUGCUCCCUUUACUUUUUAUUUUUAGGGGAAAUGGCCUUUUAUCAGUAUAGCAAACACCUAAAGGCCUUCAUGUUGUUUGGAGCAAUAUAGGCCAACUUGAUCCUUGAUAAUCUUUUUCCUAAACUUAUGCACUGGACUUUGAGGUGGUCGCUGACUGGACGUGUUGCUGCGUGAACUUCUUGCUUUGAUUAGAUUUUUGGGGUGUAUUUGGUUUGAUAAAGAAACAUGAUGUACUUAGCUUUGGGUUUGGUACCCUGCCCUUCACUGUCUAGCUAUAUAAUAUGCAUUUACCCCCACUGUGCCACUCACUGUAUGAUAACUGUCCACAGUGAUUCAAUCACAUCUCAGAAACACCCACCAGUGUUAUUGUACAGAUAUGCUCACUUUUGGGGUUUUGGUUGAAAGGGUUUGGUUUUGAUGGAUGCUUACUGUGUGUUUAUGUGGUGAAUCUUUAAAUCGGAUCCCAGCUAAGCUGCAUCCACAAUGGAAUCAUGUAAAUAGGUCAGAGGUAUGGACAACUGCUGCAAGGAUGUUUGGCGUGAUCAGCCUUUUUUUAGAGACCUUCCUUUGUGCUUUACCUUUAUCUUGCAGGAUGGUACUGUUUUUACUGCCCACUUCUUCCAAGCAAAGGAAUACGAAGAGACAACUUGUGAUUUUGAACUCGUGUUUUGCUACUUUAGUGCAUGUGAGGUCAUUCUAUUCGUUUCUUUACUUUAUGAUGAAAGAGACAGGUUGUCUCCUGACUUUUGUGCCUCACCGUGUUUCUAAAUGAAGGUAAACUUCACUGCUAUCCGAAUCAGACAGCGUCGAAGCUCUGGUGUAAAUGGGGAUUCCCUCAUCUGCUCUCAUCUGUUACUCACACUCUGGAAGUUAAAGACAGGGUUUUCCGACGUAUAGCACCUUUUUGUAUGUUAGAAUAAUGUAAAAGCUUUUGCAUGUUGAUUCCGAGGAGAGAAAUGUUGGGCAGGUGCAGUCCAGAUUCCCACUUCAGCUGCUUCCAAGUUCACCUCUCUUCUUUUUCUCCAAAGCCAUAAUUAAGAAUUGUGUCACCUUUACAGGUGCAGUGAGCCAUUUUUGAAUUGGUUCAUUUCCCAUUAGGCCUGGAAACCAAUUAGCUAUACUCAAACAACAGACUGUCAGAAUACAACUGAUAACUUUUAGUUCAACGGGCUUAAUUUUUGUGGUUACAAAAAUACUCUUCAAUUUGUUAAAUUACGUCUUUAAAUGUUAGAAUGAAUUUCUUUGAAUUUGUCUGAAAACAAAGAGAUUUGCCAACCUGACCCUCAUGUCUGUGCUAGCUAGAAGAUUUUUUUCUAUCUCCAAAUUAUCAAACAAAAAUCAAUUUUUGAAAUACUUUUAUUGAACUGUAUUAGCAAAAUUUUAACUGAUAAUUAAGCUAAUCUUGUUUAACUGGCAGGUCCUCCUUUCCCUUGACCACCCCAGCAAAGACCAGGCUUUUGUUGACAGUGCCUGCCUCAAGGUUAGAAAGCUCAGCUUACAAGUUGGACUUUAUCAUCAGCAUAAUCAUAGUAGCUAAGAUAAAAAAAAAGCUCUUAACUUUUAAAAAAUUGAUGGUUUGUGUUCUAAAUAUUUAUCCAUAACACGGAUCAUAUUAUCAUAGUAGCCACUUUGUUCUGUAUUAAGGGAGCCUAAUCACCUACACUGUUAACAUUGAAAUUAAUUGAACAAUUUGUAAACAAUUUGGGUAAUAGAGUAUUUCUGAGUAGAAAUCAUGUAAGUUCUACUGCUAAAAAACAACAACUUCCAAACAUGUUCUAAAAUUUGAUUAGUUGUAACUGAUUGCUUAGAUUGUUUUGCUCUUCUGGUUUGUCCACUUUGCUAACAAGGAAGCACACAUAACAAUACUUUUUUCUAUUAAGGCAUAAAAUGGUAAUAAACAUUUUGAAUCUGUUCUUGUGAUAUAUAUAAAUCUAAAUGAAUAUUUCUGAGUAGACGUCACGUAGACUGAAAAUGUAGUCGAUUCAUUAAAUGAGUUGCAUUCUAACCAGUUACAUCGUUUCACUCCCCUUUUUUGUUCUCCAGUUUUAAAAAGAAGCUUACAAAUAAAUUGAGUUAUGGAAUGGAAAUCGGACUUAUUUUAGCAAGACGUUCAGAGACGCUUUACAUGAAAUCAGUCAUUUCCAUUCACACACGUUCACAUUAAUAUAAUUUUAACACAUCAAUAUAAGAUUGAGGCAUGAAAUGUUAUUGAAGUAGUGAUACAUUUUAAAUGUAUUCAAACACUUGAAUAGGCUACAUUGUAAACGCUGUGGUUUUCACUUACAACCACACCUCACUGUCACUCAUUGGCAAAGACUGUUUCAAGACUGACUUCAUCUUGCUAGCUAACAUAGCUUAAGCAUUAGCACUGUAGCUGACCUAGUUUAGCUGGAUGCAAUCUUUAAUUCUUGUUCCAACACAAAAACCACCAGUCUCUUUGUAGUUUUUAACAUUUAAUUGACAACACAAUUUGUAACGCCCUUCCAGAUAGGUGUCUUCUGGAUACUGAACCAGAUGAAGAAGAAGAGUUUGCUUAAGCAACAUAUUUAGUAAAAUUAAGUUUAAAAUGAUUUUGUAGGCUUUGCCACCAAAAUAAAGUAGAUAAUGUUAGCACUUUGCUACUAUUGUCCAUUACAUUUACAAAGGUAUUUCCUUCAUUAAACUAUAACUAUAUAUUAUAUAAAAUGUAAUAGGUAAUACCUUUCUAAAACAUUUUUAUUUUGAAUGUGGCCGAGUUUAGGUAAAUGCAGUAGGAUUAUGGAUGUUGAAAGCUGGUAGGUAACUAUACAAACACCCUGCAGAUGAUGUAAUGAAAAUAUUUCCACCUUAAAUGUUUGCAUGCUGGAAUACACUCCACGGAAUUCAACAGAAUCAGGAUCAGACAGUGUAGUGUGAUAGAAGGUGACUAAACUGGAGGGUGUUAUUUUUGUGAUUGUACAAUUCUGAUGCUUCAUAAUCUAAAACAAAAUGUCAACAUGAACUGUAUUAAUGUAAAACUGAGAAAUUGUGAAGCUAACAUGUUUUCCUCUGAGCGGUUCUGCUUGAAAGUAUUCCUGGCUGCAGUGGAGGAGGGAAACAGCAAAGCCAGUUUCCCCUGGUUAUUGAUGGUUAUGGAGCUAGAGCCCUGCCAGUCCCAUUGCUCCAAUCAUCCUGCUCGACCUUUCCCCAACAAGUACGAUGCACUUUCACCCUCUUAUUUUACACAAGUAAUGGGGUAAAAACCUUUGACCAAUGUAAGCAUAAUGUAUUUAUUUCUGAGGACCUAGAAAACGUUGUCAGUUUUUAUGAGAGUCUGUGGUUGUCGUUCAAGUUCCAAAUGUAUUUGCACAGAGAAAUGUUCUUUAUGUGCUGAUUUACAUGCAUAAACACGUUUCAGUAAUAAAGGAAACAUGCAUACCAGU